AUGGUUACAGCGUCCUCGAGCCAGCGGAGCAAGCUUCCGAGGCUGCAGAAAGGCGGCACUGCAACUACCAAAUCCCACCGAUGGGAGCCCUUCUCCCAGCGCGUCCUGAAGCUCAAGAUCGACCCUGUCCAUCGAGUGCGCCGGACGACCUUUGGUGAAGAUGACGACGAUGAGACCUCCUCCUGCUUUAGAGCCUCCCUGGAUCAUUGGGUGGAACUCAAUCUGUCCGAGAAUUUUACAAAUUUUGUCCAGCGUGUGGAUCGGUUAUGCGAGAACCUGCCGCAGGUACUAUACCACCAGGAUGCGAUAAUGGGCUUGUUGGUGGAAUAUAUUGAGAAGAAGGACGAAUUGAGCAUGGAGCCGCUUCUAAGUUUGAUGGCACAGUUCGCGCGGGACCUUGGGUCAAGAUUUGAGAAGCACUUCGCAGCCGCUGUUCAAUUGAUUGCUGCUGUUGCGGCCACCCAUCCAAGCAUCGAUGUUAUAGAAUGGAGCUUUACCUGUCUGGCCUGGAUAUUCAAAUUUCUCUCGCGUCUUCUUGUACCAGACCUCAGACCUCUGCUGGCCAUAAUGACACAUUAUCUUGGAAAGGAGCAUCAGAAGCACUUUGUUUCUCGUUUCGCGGCGGAAUCAGUCUCAUUUCUUAUCCGUAAAGCCGCAGCGGUCUACUACAAGGACAAAAAACCUCUCGAACGAGCAGUAACUUUUCUGCUCGAGGAUCUGGCUAAGACCAGUGCUGAAGGACGCAAGGUCAUGGCUUACCAGGAGGGACUCAUGGCUAUGUUUGCAGAUGCGACAAAGGGCGUCAAGAGUGCUGUUCACUCUAAUGGCAUUGAUAUACUACGAUGCCUAAUGAAGGCUGUAGGCGUUAAAAACCAAGAACAAAGUGCCUUAUCGGAAUCGGUUUUAAGUGGUGUCUUGAUCAGCCUCGUACACUAUUGUACUGCGGAAACCUUUCGUCCGGUCCUGGACGCCGUUUGUCAAUAUAAUGAAUCAAUAUCGGCCAAAGAUAAGGCCGUUGUUACUCGAGUCGGUUGCCAUACUCUAUUCCUUUGUAUCGUUGCGAGAAAGGGCUCUCGAGUGGAGGACUGGAACAGAGCCCUAACUGCCCUACUACGUCUUCUCGCAAAGGCAACAGAAACCAACGUCUUUCCAGACAACUCCAUUGAACAACUACUCGGGUCAGUGGCAUUUGCCAUUCAUGCUUCGCCCAUGGAUGAGUUAUUACCACAUAUGCGCCAGCUCAUGGAUUCUGUUACACACCAGAAGCUAUCUAAACACUUUAUACCAUUUUGUGACUUGGUGGCAGGAUUGGACCCAGAAAGGUUCCAAAGUGUUGUCCAUCCAUAUCUUCAAAAGUUUAUAGUUGCUUUAUGGAGAGAUCAUGAGGAAGGGCUCUGUGUAGUUUUACCCCGUCUUCAGUCAUCUGGCACAGUUACCUCGAAUUCCUCUAGGCCCGGCUCAUUAAGCUGCCCAAAUCCGUGGAAGACUAUUAUAUCCGGAAGAUUCAACUCGUCUAGUCCUGACGAAGGGGAAAUAGCUCUACUUAGCGCGUAUUCAAAACUUCCGGACGCUAUCAGCUUCUCCGCGGAACCUUCUAUAAUUCCCGACUUAGUUGAUAGCUUGCACCAAAAAAUUCGACUGACUCUAGAGUCUGGUUCAUCAGAGAAUCCCGAGGCUAUGUUUUCUCUUGGUCAGGGGCUGUUGGCCUAUGUUCGUUUUUCCAAUGGGCUGGGGCAGCUAGAUAAUACACUAUGGCCUUUGCUCUGUUCCAAAGCCAGCCAAUAUUCGAGGAUUCCGGUCUUUUUAGAGGCUGUAUCCACUUAUGCAUCACUUAUUCGUGAACCUCCUGAGGUUUCUGAUGUUGAUCUCGACCAAUUUGCAAAUGCUCUACUUGCGAAUCUGUCAAGCCCCUCACAUAGACUCAGGCUACUAUCUUUGGACAUAUUUCAGCUCAUCUUCACGUGGCUAAAGAUCGAGGAUCCUUGUUUACCACUCGCGCGAAGUAUUGAAACCAGCGAGCUUACUCUCCAAGCAGCCAGGGUCAUAUCCAUGGAUGUACGUCGGCUCGGAGUUAACUACGCUCAAUCGUCCGGCAAGAGAUGGAUUGCUCGACUGGUUCCCAGUUUUUGUUUUGGUUUGCUAUGGAAAAGGCUUGCUUCUGUAUGGGAUGAUGCAUGUGAAGCUAUGAAGGUAAUAUGUGAAACUGACGCUGGUGAACGCGUUGUUUCCGAAAUCGCGAUGAACUGGCUCCACAGUACACCUAUUGAAGAUACCUCAGGGCAUAACCCCCCGGAUUCUGCGGCGAAUAUCUCAUCCACGACAUCUGAAUACGGGUGUUAUAAUGUUAAAAAUGUCCAAAAGGCCAUGCAUAGCUCAUUCCGUACAAACGAGGAUGCCAGUUCAUCGUUAUUAAAUGAUUUUAGAUCUUCACAUUCUCCACAACCUCUAUCAGCAAAAAAUGCAAGGAGUCAGGCGCUCAGGGUUCUUAAUGCGGUUCCUAAAAUUGCCGAAAAAAGGUCUCGUCAAAUAGUCCCACUCUUUUUAUCAUGGGCCUCGCGCGACGAAACUUCUGUACAUAUCCCCGAAGACAUGCUAUCUAUCGAGAAGGACGAUAUCUCAAGCGAUUCCCAGCAAGGGUGGACUAUGCAAGACAAGAAGUCGAUGUUGACUCUCUUUGGAAAGUUUAUCAAUCCUAAGGUCCUCUACCAAGCUUCAGAGGCUCACGAUGCGAUAUCGAAUCUUCUAUGCAACGGCGAUCUGGAGGUACAAAAGCUUGCUCUCAAUGCUGUGUUUACAUGGAAGUUCCCUGCAGUCCGACCCUAUGAACAAAAUCUCCUCAAUUUGGUUGAUGAUUCCCGAUUCAAGGAUGAGCUGGGUAUAUUUGUUCAUGUUGGCAAGGAUAACAGCUUGAUCAAGAGUGAACACAUAGAGGGGUUGUUCCCUUAUAUUCUGAAGCUCCUUUACGGCAAAAUGGUUGCUCGGGCGGGUUCUCGAGGCUCACUUGGCCGCCAGGAAGCACGACGGAAAGCUAUACUACGAAUAGUCUCACAGCUUCCAGACGACCAAUUUUCUGAGUUUGUUCAGAUCUCAUUUGGUUCUCUAGGGUCUAUUGCAUUAAUCAACGACCAUGGUGUGGUCAAAGACGAUAUCUUAAAUCGAGAGUUUAUGAGUGUGAGAAGACAGCUCGGUUUAUUGAAUAUGGUUGAAACAAUGUUCUCCAUCUUGAAGAGAAAAAUGUCACCGUUCGUUAACCAGACUAUGAAUGUGGUCCUUUAUUGCCUUAUCCGGGCGUAUAGACAACUCGCUCAAAGCGAAGCAUUUACCUCGGAUGAUAGCAUUCAGCUCGGCCUUCUACGCAACAUUCGACAGUUAGGUGUCAAAUGUCUGGAUUUGGUUUUCUCUGUGUCUCCUACAGUUGAUUGGGAACCAUUCAUUCCUCUUAUAUUCUCAGAAGUAGUCAACCCAAGGCUCAACAACUUUGCAGUGGAAACUGCCCAGGCAGUGUCUGGAUUACUUCAGCUCUUCCGUACUUGGGCUUCUAACCCAAGAUCAGCAAUGUAUUUCAAGGGAACAGGCAUUAUAUGUCGUGUCGUUGAUUGUUUAGCCACGGAAUCAGCACGAGACGAGGUGAAGAUAUUUGUUUUGGACGAAGUCCUAACGUCGCUGGUCGGCGUGUGCAUCGACAAGAAGGUGGAUGAAGAGGGUGACAUUGAUACGUCGGCACCAUCACCAGAAGCCAUUCACAAAAUGGUCCUGGGGCCCCAUAUGGAAUAUGUAUUGGCCCAUCUGGAAGAUUUUCUUAAGGAACAACCUCCCCGCCACAUCCUUGGCCCUGCUGUUGAACUGCUAUCCAGAAUUUCCACCCUUGUUGUAUCGUCUGCAGAGACCUCUAAGCUUAUCAGCACUACUAUAUUUUUGCUUCAACAACCCCCGGAUCGUGUUCCGCCAAAAACAAAAGGUCGCCUUCUCAAAGUUCUGCAACACUUCCUACCUCUAUUUCAGCAGCAAGACCACCCAGAACUUACUCAGCGUAUAUUUGAAGUUCUUUCGUCUCUUUUCGACUAUUUCAAAGACCAGCCAAAUCGUGUGUCUCUAGCCGCCGUGUUUGACAUAUAUGUUGCCAACGACCCGGAAUUAGUUGAAAUUGGGAAACUCGUUGCCGACCUGAAUUCAAUGUCAACAAAGCGAUUGGAUGAGGUUGAUUUUGACCGACGACUCAAGGCCUUUGCUGUGAUAAAUGAAGAAAAGCAUUCUUCACUUACAGCCAGGCAAUGGAGGCCACUUUUGUUCAAUAUAAUCUACAAUCUUAAAGACGAGGAAGAACUUGCCAUUCGGUCGAGUGCCUCACUCAGCAUCAAACGGUUCAUUCAAGUCACAAAGAUCCGAGAAGAAAAGUCAAAUUCAGGAUAUCACGACUUGGUUGAAAGAGUUCUUCUUCCUGCCCUUCGCAAUGGCAUCAAGCAAAGUGCGGAAAUAGUUCGAGCGGAAUUUGUGUCCCUUCUUGGCUGCUUGGUUCAGGAACACACCAAACUUCAAGCUGUGAAGGAUAUGCAUGACUUAUUAGCUGGAGGUGAUGAUGAGGCAUCAUUUUUCAAUAAUAUCCUUCAUAUACAGCAACAUCGGCGCCUGCGUGCAUUGAGGAGGCUUGCUACUGAGGUUACCAAAGGCAAGAUCCAAGCUACCAAUACCAGCACGAUAUUUUUCCCUCUUGUUGAGCACUUCGUUUUCCAGCAAUCCGAAGACGAAAAUGCUCAUAACUUAAUAGCUGGAGCUGUUACAACAAUUGGUUCCCUGAGUGAGGCCAUCACGUGGAACCAAUUUAAAGCUAUCUUCCGCCGAUACCAGGGGUAUAUCAAAAGCAAGCCUGGAUUAGAAAAGACCGUUAUCCACCUCCUCAGCCAAAUGACAGAUGCUCUUUCUCGUGCUGUUUCGGGCAAAGCCACUUCAGCGAUUGCUGAGGAAGUCACUGGAGAAGAAAUGGAAAUAGAGGAUAGCCCAGCGGUCCAGACAAUGCUUAGCGCUUCAAUUCCUAAUGGUACCAAAUUAACGGCUGAACUGAAGACGAACUUCAUUCCUUUCCUGACUGGAUUUACCAACAAGCGAAGUGAGUCUGACGUUUUGUUGCGUCUUCCUGUAGCAGUAGCAGCCGUCAAACUACUGAAACUGCUACCUGAAGAAGAUAUGGCAUUGAUGCUUCCUUCUCUUCUUAUGGAUGUGUCUAAUAUCUUGCGCAGUCGUGCGCAGGACACCAGAGAUACAGCAAGAAAAACUCUUGCAGAUAUUGCUAUUAUUCUGGGGCCGUCAUAUUUUGGUUAUAUCCUUACGGAGUUGAAGGGAGCUUUAAGCAGAGGAUACCAACUUCAUGUGCUUUCCUUCACGGUUCAUUCUAUCCUCGUUGUAACUGCGGAUGAAUUUGAGGUUGGUGCGUUAGAUCAAGACCUGAGUACUUUGGGUGAAAUCAUUAUGGACGAUAUAUUUGGUACCGUUGGCCAGCAGAAAGAUGCCGAAGAAUACGUCAGUAAGAUGAAGGAAGUUAAAAGCAGUAAAAGUUAUGAUUCUGCUGAGCUGUUGGCCAAGAAUGCUAGCAUUCGGCACAUCUACGACCUUAUUCGGCCAAUCCAACAGCUUUUGCAGGAGAAACUUACAACCAACCUUGUGGGCAAGAUAGACGAGCUAUUACGACGCAUCGGCAUUGGCUUAUUGAGAAAUCCAGAGGUAGAAAGCCGUGACUUUCUGAUGUUCUGUUAUGAAGUGAUCAAAGAAUCAUACAAGGUACCUGAACCAGUUCUAGACAACGACGAAUGGAAAAUAAGAAGUCGAUUCCUCGUCCAAGUUGCAUCUAUUCGAAAGAAAAGUGGUGGAAGUACUACGUCCUACCUUUACAAGCUUGCCCGCUUUAGCUUGGAUACCCUUCGCUCAGUCCUCAACAAAUACAACUCCCUGUUGACUGCGGAUAACGUAGCUGGCUUUGUCCCAAUUAUCGGUGACUCGAUAGUUCAAGGAUACGAAGAAGUCAAACUCUCUGCAAUUCGACUCUUAUCUACCAUCAUCAAACUUCCCUUGCCUGAGCUUGACAAGAAUGCGGAUGUAUAUAUCGUUGAAUGUGUCAAGCUGAUGAGGGAAUCGCAAAGUUCGCACACCGAUGCAUCUCAGGCGGCUCUUAAGCUUGUUUCUACUGUUUUGCGGGAGCGGAAAUGUACCACUAUCAAGGAUUCAUAUCUUGCAUACCUUUUGAAACGCGUGUCUGCAGACAUCGAUGAGCCCGAUCACCAAGGAAUCGUGUUCAAUUUCAUCAGAGCCGUGAUGUCACGUAAGUUCAUGGUACCGGAGAUCUAUGAAGUCGUUGAUAAGAUCUCUGCCAUGAUGAUAACGAACCAUACGCGGAAUGCUCGGGAUCUGGCAAGGGGUACGUACGUGCAAUUCCUGGUUGAGUACCCGCAAGCAAAGAAUAGAUGGACAAAGCAGAUGGCAUAUCUCGCAAAAAACUUGGAUUAUACCCAUAGGGAAGGUCGAGAGUCUGUGAUGGAAGCCAUCCAUCUCAUCCUAGCAAAGACAAAUGGGGAGUUAGCUCAGGAGAUGGUGGACACUUUUUUCAUUCCACUCGUGAUGGUUAUGGCCAAUGAUGAGGCACCUACUUGCCGAGAGAUGGCUGGCUCUCUUCUUGGAACUAUUUUUACUCGUGCUGAUGCUGAGCAUCUGAAGGCGAUACUGUCGCCGCUAGAGUCCUGGCUCGAACAGUCUGAUAAUAUAGCUCUUACGACCACAGGACUGCAGGCCAUUCGAAUAUUCUUCGAGUCUGACGCUAAUAACAAAGACAGAUACGCCAGGUUCGUCACCGAGCUUCUCCCUGGUAUCAUGAGCCUUUCUUUGGAUAAUAGGGAAGCAAAUGAGUGGGAGAUUUUAUACUAUUCUCUUCAGCUCUUCGUGAAACUGUCGAAGUUAUUCCCGAGUGUCACAUUAAACCCGUCCUGUGUAAAGGUCUGGUCUCAAGUCCUCCAAAGUCUGUGUUAUCCUCAAGCCUGGGUACGAUCGUGUGCGGCGAACCUUGUUGGUGUCUGGCUGGCAGACGUAGCCAAAGCUAAUUCAUCGAUUGGAUAUUCAUCCAUUCCUCUGGUUGGCUCUUCAGGCUUGGUACUAGACGAUACGUUGAUGCUUCAAAUAACCCGUUCAAGCAUGUUUUGUUUGAAGACACCAAACAUAUCAGAGGAUCUUGCAAUUCAGAUUGUUCGAAAUCUAAUAUUCCUUGGCCGCUGCUUUGCGCAGAAUAAUCUGGUACUUCCUCAAAAGGAGGCUGAAGAGGUUGAAGGAAGUGAAUACGAAGAAGAGGAUCCUGUAUCCAAUUCUAAGCCUGCCAGGAAGAGCAAGACAGCCAUUCAAUAUAUAUUUGAACAAGCCGCUCGAAUCCUACGAAAAGAAGCCCUUACCACGCGAGCAGAGUCCCUCAACGCUAAAACGGCUUCUAUGAAAAUGAUUGCCGCGCUUUGCACUCAUAUUGAUGCCUCAACGGUGGUGCCAUAUCUACAAACUAUCCUGCUUCCUCUUAUACAUUUGACCGACACUUCAAUUCCGGCACCACGAUCCUCAGAUGAGAUUUUCCAGAAUACUUACAAGUCUUUGGUGUCGAGUAGUCAGGAGGUAUUAGAUAUACUACAGAAGAAACUAGGAACUACGGACUUUGUGGCACACAUAAGUGAGGCGCGGGAGCGGGUAAAGGAGAGGAGGGAAGGACGCAGAGUCAAGCGAAGGAUAGAGGCCGUCACUGCACCAGAGAAGGUUGGCCGUGACAAGAGGCGCAAACAUGAUCGAAAGAGAGAAAAGAGAAAAGAAAGAGUGUUGGAAAACAGAAACCGUCGACAUGAACUCUGA